UUGACAGCACAGUGUCACAGCACAGAGUACUGGUAGUGACAGUGAGGGUGUCAGUACAUUUACAUGAUCAUAGCGUUUUUAUGUAAAUAACAAGCUUAAUUUUAUCUAAACAAUAAUAAGGUUGAAAAUCUCAUCAUUAUUUUAUUGCAGCAAUGAAAGAACUAGUUCAAAAGCGUUACCACAUUAUUCAUUUCACAACUGCAUUGCCAUAUGUGGCCUGCACCCGCUAUCAAUGCAUCCCGAGAACCUGGAUAAAAGACUACUACGAGUGGAUGUCUAUGAACCAGGCCAUUGCUGUUAUAUAUUACCCGGCACAACCGGUCAAGAAUAUGUGGUUACUGAAGAAUAUGAAGAAGCAUGAUGAAUCUUGGAAGGAGUUUAUUGUUGACAUUGUGUAUUCUUCAGAUAAUUAUGAAGACGCCAAAACAUAUCUCAAGCGAGCGCGGAGAGCAGACCAAUCAAAAAAAGUUUCCAAUGGUGUCCCCGGGAACACGAGAACAGGGACAGAUGUCGCUUCACCUCGAGGGACUCAACGAUCUUGCAGUGAUGACAACACUCCUACACCAGCUCAUGAAAGGACUUCAUCCAAACUGAUACUCAAACUGCCUAACCAACCACCAAGAAAAGUUAUUAAACUUGAACCUACCAUGAAAAAGGGUAAUCAAAUCAACCAAGAUAUGAAAAAACAGCUAGUUAACGAAAUUAUCACAAAAACCGCCAAGGUUCUUAUAAAUCGCGUCGAUGUGGGUACAGUACCAGUUAAAACAGAAAGCGGUGACACGUCGUCAGAUGAUAAUGAUGUAAUCAUGAAGAAACUAGACUCAAUAGAAGUCAUAUUUAAGGACGCUAAAAAUAGUUUGUAUAAAUUGAAAACAGAUUUUGAUGAGCAAUCAAAACUGUCCAGGAAAAUUUUGAAAUAUCUAAAAGAUAUAGAAAAAUAAAAAUAAAAAUAUUUACUAAUAGGGAAUAUUACGCAAAACUCUGCGUAGGGGACGCCACUAGCACAAAACCCCACCGCAAAACACGAAAAUCAAAAUGUCGUUCUGUCUUUCUAUCGCUAUGCAAGAGUGAUAGACAGACAGAACGAAAUUUCGAGCGAUAGAGUUCUGUCUCUCUACCACUCUUAGUCUUACAUACUCUUAUUCGAGCGAGCGAGAUAAACAAACUGCCUUGAUGCAUAAAAUGUAAAAUUUAUAUGUAACAAAUGAUCUGUGAAAUACUGUUUAAGAGGAAUUCCUAUUAGUUGCGUUUUUUUUCAUACAAACGCUCUCGACUGCUUGCUGCGCGACAGAAACAUAGUUUCAAAAAUUCGAGAUUUGAAAAGUUGCUCAGCUAGGAAUUGCUCUUAAGGUUUAGUAUGUAUAAGGUAUAAGUUGCUCUUUGGUUUACAAUAUGUGCCAGUGCUUCACUCUGGCGGCAAAACAUUGCAGUAAUGCCCACUAUUUUGUAACCAAAAAGUUGCGGUUAACCCUUUGAACACCACGCCUAUCGUGUGCGGCGCGUCUAUUGACGUCUAUAGCCGCCAAAGGUUUGUGCACAAUGACUUCUUUUAAAUAGGUAUACAAGAAGAAAUAUCUUUGUAUUUAAUAGCAAAGUAUGUUAAUUAUUAAACCUGAAAUUAUUCUAAGUAAAAAAAUAUACAUUAUGAAUUCAAGGCUAAUAUAGAAUCUAGUGUGCAUUUUAAAAGUAAUAUUGCCUUUUAAUGAGGUUUAUUUUAGUCUAGUAACACUUCAAAGAAGCAUUAUUUUCUAAAGUCAAAAUAAAAUCACUUAUUAUCAAACAGAAGUGUAAAUCAUUUAAUGUAUAUAAUAUAGUAAAUAUUUUUUUAUAAUGACUUGAAGAAUUUUCUGGCCCAAUAAAAUACCUUAAUGUGG